AUGUCUAUUUCUUCGCUCCAUGUGCACACUGAAAGCGAUGCUAUUCACCUCUACACGGGAGAGAAUAUGAUACCAAACUCAUCCUAUGUCUUGCGAGGGCACGUGGAGCUUAACGUGCGACGACCGGUGCGGAUUCGUCAGAUCAGUGUGCAAUUUAAAGGCACCGUUCAUAAUGUUAUAUCCAACGAACUUAUUCAACAUCAUCAAGACAUAUCAGCCAAUAGCGAUUUUUGGCCCAUCACCAUCGUCUCAAAGCAAAGCACCGCCAUCUUUGAACGCAUGAGUCGAUUUGCUGUCAGCACAGCACUUGGUUAUGCCCUUUCGAAUCAAAAGAUUGUUCGUGAACGAGUGGAUUUAUUACCAUCACCACCAUCAGCCGAUGCAGCUACCACCGCACGUAUCGAACCAGGUGUAUCUCGAUGGCCCUUUGCUAUUGAAAUCGAUCAUCCAGAACAGCUCUUGCCAUCAUUGCUCUUACCGCGACAUACCAUCCGCUAUGAUUUAAUUGUACAUGUGCAGCUAGCCUCCUUACGUGACAAAAUCACACAACGUAAGCUGCGGAUCACCAAGCCUAUCCAUGUGUUGUGUCACGCCUAUCCCAGUUUGCAUAUUCUUGACUUUCAACCACGCGUGCGAUAUCGAGGUUGCCGCGAAGGUCACAUGCGAUACGAAGUUUCCAUGGUCAAAUUUGUCCCACUCAAGCAAAAGUUAAGGCUUGUGUGCCACUUUUUUCCAUUGUGCCCCGAAGCACGUAUAUCUACAAUCGCCAUGCUCAUUGAACAAAAUGAGCUAUUUCCAUUACGCACCGGCAAUAUCAAAGAGCAUGAAACCAUCCCACCACACAUGUAUGUUUCAAAGACACACAAGCCGAUAGUGAAGGAAUAUGCGGUCAAAGAUGACGAUACGCUUGAAUACCUUCCAUUCGAUCUGGACGUUGCAUCGCCUUACAUUGCUCAAGACGUUGAUACGCAAUCAUUGAAAAUCACCCACAAGAUGCGGAUCAUUGUUUACUUUGCUGAUUCUCAAGUGCGAAGGAUGUCGCUUAGUUUUCCUUUGAUUAUCGGCACGAUACCCUCACCUUAUGGUGAAUCCACAAACGGCAUCCGAUAUUCAGUAAACGAAGACAUUAUGGGUGAAAUGGAAGACGACGAUGAUAAUGACUGGAUCAGCAUGAUCGCUGCCGAUACCAAUUAUCAUCGACACCGGGAUAGUGGAUCGGCCAUGGAUGAUGGCAUCAUGGAAAAAUUACCCACUUACUAUGAUGUACUUCAUGAAGGACCACCACCGGCUGCCUUUCUUGAUGAUGACUUAUCCCAUUAUCCAUCACCACACGCUUGA